AUGCACUGGACUAUUUUGGCGACUGGAUUUCUUCAUGUGGUCUCGAGUGCCUCUGUACCUCCAAGCCUGGAGAUACAUGUGAAAGACGUGACAGCCCCGAACAUUGUUAAUGUCCACGUCGAGAACGCAAACACUGUCACCCAGGAUAUUGUCUUCACGUACGGAAAAUGCGACCUUGUCAGCUUUGACGAAAUUCAUGAUACAAUUGCAAAGAUCUCUGGUGGUGGACGACGAAGCGAUGCAGCCCACGCAUAUAUCCAUAGCACCAGGGCCAAGCACUCCAACCUUCAUCUGAAGUGCAACACCAGGGUGGAUAAGAUUAUCAUUGAGAAUGGUCGCGCUGUGGGUGUUGCGACAGUCCCAGCCAAGCCGCUGGAUGGCGUCGAUCCACCACGUAGAAUCUUCCGGGCGCGAAAGCAAAGUAUCAUCAGCGGUGGUACUCUGAGCUCUCCUCUCAUUCUCCAGCGAUCGGGUGUUGGCGACCCGGAGAAGCUGCAGCGCGCAGGCGUCAAGCCUCUCGUGAACUUGCCUGGUGUGGGACGGAACUUCCAGGAUCACCUUCUCACCUUCUCGGUGUAUCGUGCAAAGCCGGACACGGACACUUUCGAUGACUUUGUUCGAGGAGAGCCAAAGAUUCAGAAGAAAGUUUUUCAAGAAUGGAACCAAAAGGGAACAGGUCCUUUGGCAACAAAUGGAAUUGACGCGCGAGUGAAGAUUAAACCUACUCCGCAGGAGCUCAAUGAAAUGAAGAAAUGGCCCACCCCGGAGUUCAACAGUGGGUGGGAGUCUUACUUCAAGAACAAGCCUGAUAAGUCUGCCAUGCACUACUCCGUCAUUGUUGGUUGGUUCGGUGACCACAUGCUGAUGCCCCCCGGCGAGUUCUUCACAAUGUUCCAUUUCCUGCAAUACCCAUUCUCUCGAGGGUCCACUCAUAUCCAGUCGUCAGAUCCAUAUGCUGUCCCGGACUUCGACGCUGGAUUUAUGAAUGACAAGCGCGACAUGGCUCCAAUGGCGUGGGGAUAUAUCAAGUCCCGUGAAACCGCUCGGCGAAUGGGCGCUUAUGCUGGUGAAGUGACCGGAAUGCAUCCUCAUUUUGCUUUUGACUCUCCAGCACGGACGCGUGAUCUCGAUCUGGAGACUACCAAAGCGUAUGCUGGCCCGAACCACAUCACUGCCGGUAUUCAAUAUGUGAAACGUCAUGUCGAGACUACCUGGCACUCCCUCGGAACAUGCAGUAUGGCCCCUCGAGAGGGAAGCUCCAUCGCACCCCACGGUGGUGUUGUAGAUGAGCGCUUGAAUGUCCAUGGCGUGAAGGGACUUAAGGUUUGCGAUCUGUCCAUCUGUCCGGAUAAUGUGGGCUGCAACACUUUCAGCACUGCGCUUCUUGUUGGUGAGAAGUGUGCAGUCCUCGCUGCCGAGGAUAUGGGUUACUCUGGAGAUGCUUUGAAGAUGGAGGUACCCACUUACCAAGCUCCAGGAGAGUUUGUCAAUCUCGCUCGCCUGUGA